GAAAGACCAUAUGAAGCAACAGCAUUAAAGCUUCUGUAUAUAUCUCAAGACAACCUCCCUCCAUUAACGUGCGAGCGACAGAAGAAACAAAGUCCAUAAUGAACCAAAGAAACAACCACCGUCUGAUCCUUUUCCCGCUACCAUUCCAAGGCCACAUAAACCCAAUGCUCCAACUUGGUCGGAUCCUCUACGCCCGAGGCUUCUCCAUCACCGUCCUCCACACCAACUUCAGAGCCCCGGAUCCGUCCUCCCACCCUCACUUCGCCUUCCGAUCCAUCGCCGAUGGCCUCGACCAAUCAGAGGCCUCCAUGUCGGACAUCCCUGGCCUCAUCUCACUCCUCAACGCCCGGUGCGCGAGCCCCUUCGAGGAAUGCCUGCAGGAAAUGAUGUCGUUGCAGGGUGGUGAGGAGGUGCCCGUCGCGUGCUUGAUAUCUGAUUCGCUAUUCGGCUUUACUUGCGGCGUAGCCGAGAGGCUGAAGGUCCGUGCGUUGAUGUUGCGGACCAGCGGUGCGGCGUCGCUUUAUGUUUACACUAUAUAUCCGGUUCUCAAGGAAAAAGGAUACGUCCCAACACAUGGUUCACGAUCUGAAGAGGCAGUGAAGGAGUUUCCGCCGUUACUAGUUGGAGACAUCCCAGCGAUCGAUUCAAAGGAACCCGAGGUGAUGUCCCGAUUAUUGGAUGACCUGAUCAAGGCAAUCAAGAACUCGUGUGGUGUCAUCUUGAACACGUUCGAAGAGCUCGAACACCCUGAUCUCACAUCGCUCCGGGAAGUUUUGUCGGUCCCCUUUUUCCCGAUCGGUCCAUCCCACAAAUGCUGCAUGACAUCUUCCUCGAGCAGCUUACUAGCAGAGGACAGAAGCUGCAUCUCCUGGCUAGACGAACAGCCACUCAAGUCCGUCAUCUACGUGAGCUUCGGGAGCUUAGCGGCCAUGAGCGAGGCAGAAAUCUUGGAGAUUGCACUAGGCCUAGCCGAGUCUGAGCAGCCCUUUUUGUGGGUGGUCCGGCCCGGGUCGGUCCACAAUCCGGAGUGGCUAGAGAAGUUGCCGAGCCGCUUCCUUGAGGCGCUGGAAGGGAGAGGGAAGAUAGUGAAAUGGGCACCUCAAGUGGAAGUGCUCGCUCAUCCUGCUGUGGGAGCAUUUUGGACCCACAAUGGUUGGAACUCCACUGUGGAAAGCAUAAGUGAAGGAGUGCCAAUGCUGUGCAUGCCUUGUUUUGCAGAUCAAGGAGUGAAUGCAAGGUAUGUGAGCGAUGUUUGGAGGGUUGGAGUGCACUUGAAUGGUGGGCUUGAGAGAGAGAACAUUGCAAGGGCCAUCAAGAGGGUGUUGGUGGAUAGAGAAGGAGAAGACAUAAGACAGAGGGCAUUGGUUUUGAAGGAGAAGGCCAUUGUUUGCUUGGGACAAGGCGGGUCUUCAUACCAAGCCUUGGACGCAUUGGUCAGCCACAUAUUGUCUUGUGAAUAAUCAUAUGUUGUCCGAACUUAAA